CAUCCCACAAACCAAAAUCAUUCCAUAUCAAGGAAAUGGGUUUGGGUUUUUUGUUUGUUUGUUUGCACACACACACACACACACACACACUUUUUUUUUUUUUUGGCUGUGUUUGGUUCUAUCCAGCAUCUCUGGCUAUACAGCUUCUGCUCUGGUUCCUGGCCACCCAGACAGUGUCAGGCUUGGGCUCCCUCUUGUGGUAUGAUUUUAAAUAACAAAGGGGUUCAAGAUCUCUUGGAACCAAAUACUGAAAGUUCUGGUGGGGAAGUCAGGUCAAACUCUUCCCCCAACACAGCUCACUGGGAUUUUCCACCAUGGUUGAUUCACUUCCGUGGCCAAAUGGUUUCAGUUUCUCAGUGCUUCACCCUACUACAAAAGUUACAGUGCUCUUCAGCUUUUGUUCACUUGGGGAAAUUCAGAAAGCCUCUCCAGAUUGCAGGAGGACAUGAUAGACAAGAAGCAGAGCCCUUCCACCAACUGAGCAGCAAAGGCAGGUAAGAAGGGACCCUUGCUCUUUCGAGGUCUGAGGAGUUCUCAUCCGGAACAUGUGGCCAUAACCUGGGCAGGAAUGAGAUGGCAUUUUUGAGGGUUAAUUCAUUUUGUAAGAACUACUAUGACUAGAAAAGGCUGCUCCUGGCAUGGCAAAUGAACCCUAGGUGAUAUUAUCAGGGCAGCCAGGCUCUAAGGGACACCACUGUACUCAUUAUGAGUUAGGGACCAGGAGCCAUGUGGCUGAAACAGGGCAGGAUAGGCAUUGGGAUUGUCUUUCUCGGUGUUCACCUUAUCUCUGCUAACAGGGACACAGUUAAAUGGCUGCUGUGGGAUGUUCUGUAUGGCAAAUGUGUUGCUGAUUAGUCAAUAAAUAAAACACUGAUUGGCCAUUGGCUAGGCAGGAAGUGUAGGCGGGACAAGGAGGAGAAUAAAGCUGGGAAGUGGAAGGCUGAGUCAGAGAGACACUGCCAGCCGCCAUGAAGACAAACAGCAUGUAAAGAUGCCAGUAAGCCACGAGCCAUGUGGCAAGGUAUAGAUUAAUAGAAAUGGAUUAAUUUAAGCUAUAAGAACAAUUAGCAAGAAGCCUGCCACGGCCAUACAGUUUGUAACCAAUACAAGUCUCUGUGUUUACUUGGUCGGGUCUGAGCGGCUGUGGGGCUGGCAGGUGAGAGAGAUUUGUCCUGACUGUGGGCCAGGCAGGAAAACUCAAGCUACAAAUGGCUAUGAUCAGUGAUGGAGCAGAGCUGGCACAGAAAGGGCUGCCUGUGGCUGAUUUUCAUGAGGGGAACAGAAUGAGAUGCAGGGUGAACAGCCACUGCUAUGGUGAAGGACAAAUAGAGGAAACACAGUGUUGAUGUAGGAACACAAAGGGAAUAAGAGAUAUGAUCUGUUCUAGAGCUGAACAUGAGUGAUCGAUGGCCCAGAAACACAAGCUCUGCCUACCACACAUACCAUGUUCCAACUUGGCAAGUUUCUUGAAGUUUUGUAGCAACAGAAUAAAGAAAGUGAUAAAUCAAUGUACUUUUAAAAUGCAUUGGUGGCAACGUGGGGCAGGCAGAAUGUGCCAAAAGAGGAGUUUGCUACAAGCCUUCUGAUGCAAGAAACGGCCAUGGAGUCAGCUAAAGAUUGCCUAGGAAAAUUUGGCUCCAGACUUAACAACAUCCCAACUCUCCACAAUCACACAAAUUCUUAAUCAGUCAGCCUUGUGGGUUCUUUUAUAGAGUUGUGGCUGUUUUUUGGGAACCUCAGUUCACAGCUGAAUCUCCUAGUGAAAGAUGAAAGAUGGGUGUAUCCAUCACACAUCUAAUCUUGACUGCCAAGUGAAUUUCCUCCUUCAGUCAGAAGAUGGGUUCAUUCUUCAUAUCCACUUACUUCUUAACCCUCUCCUACAGGAUCAGCACCUAUUUUGUAGUGAACGGCUUUCUUAGAAGAAUUCUGGGCACAAAAGGCUGAGGACAAAGCUUGUUUACACUGUCCCCAACUCCAGGCCCUCAGGCAAUUGUUCCUGUCUUCUGGAGACCAGAACCCCAGUCCAGACAGGGGACAAGCCUGCACAAUGGCCUCAGAGGUCCACAUGCCAGGCCCUGUGUGCCUCAUCGAGAACGUGGAAGGGCAACUGACAGCCAACCAGGAGGCCCUGGGGAUCCUGUCAGCCAUCGAGCAGCCUGUGGUGGUGGUGGCCAUCGUGGGCCUUUACCGCACAGGCAAAUCCUACUUGAUGAACAAGCUGGCUGGGAAGAAGACAGGCUUCUCUCUGGGCUCCACAGUGCAGUCUCACACCAAGGGGCUCUGGAUGUGGUGUGUCCCUCAUCCCCAGAAGUCAGACCACAUCCUAGUUCUGCUUGACACAGAGGGCCUGGGAGAUGUGGAGAAGGGCGACAACCAGAAUGACUGCUGGAUCUUUGCCCUGGCUGUACUUCUGAGCAGCACCUUCGUGUACAACAGUAUGGGAGCCAUCAACCAGCAGGCCAUGGACCAGCUGCACUAUGUGACAGAGCUGACAGACAGAAUCAGAACAAGAUCUUCACCUGACCAGGAUGAGGUGGAGGACUCAGAUGAAUUUGUGAACUUCUUCCCGGACUUCGUGUGGACUCUGAGGGACUUCUCUCUCGAGCUGAAAGUAAAUGGGGAACCCAUCUCUGCGGAUGAAUACCUAGAGAAUUCCCUGAAGCUUAUACAUAAUACUGGUAAAAAAGAAAAAGAACAAAAGCUUAAUCUCCCUCGGCUCUGUAUCCAGAAGUUCUUCCCAAAGAAGAAAUGCUUUGUCUUUGAGCGGCCAGCACACGGGAAGAAGCUUGGCCAGCUGGAAUCGCUGCAGGAGCAAGACCUGGACUCAGACUUCGUGGAACAAGUGGCAGAGUUCUGUUCCUAUGUGUUCAGCUGUUCCAAGGUUAAAACGCUUUCAGGAGGCAUCAAGGUCAAUGGACCACGACUAAAGAGUUUGGUGAUAACCUAUGUGAACACCAUCAGCAGCGGGGGUCUGCCCUGCGUGGAGAAUGCUGUCCUGGCUUUGUCCCAGACAGAGAAUGCAGCUGCAGUGCAAAAGGCCAUUGCUCACUAUGACCAGCAGAUGAGCCAGAAGUUGCAGCUGCCCACAGAGACCCUCCAGGAGCUGCUGGAUCUGCACGGGGCCAGUGAGAAAGAAGCCACUAAGAUUUUCACGGAAAAUUCCUUCAAAGAUAUUGAUCAAGUGUUCCAAAUGGAAUUAAGGACCAAGCUAGAAACAAAGCAAGAGGAAUUCCUUAAGAAGAAUGAACAGGCAUCCUCAGAUCACUGCUCAGCUCUGCUUCAGGGUAUUUUCAGUCCACUAGAAAAAGACGUGAAGCAGGGGAUUUAUUCUAAACCAGGGGGAUACUGCCUUUAUAUCCAGAAGAUAGAAGAGCUGAAGAAAAAGUACUCUGAGGAACCCAGGAAAGGGGUUCAGGCUGAAGAAGCUCUGAAGCAAUUUUUGCAGUCCAAGGAGGAGGUGACUAAUGCAAUUCUACACACAGACCAGGUUUUGACACAAAAGGAAAAGGAGAUGGAAGCGCAACGUGCGAAAGCUGAAGCUGCCCAGGCUACAGCCAAGUUACUAGAGGAAAGGCAACGGCAGAGUGAACAGUUGAUGAAGGACAAGGAGAAGCGUCACCAGGAACACAUGAAACAGCUGGCUGAGAAGAUGGAGAGGGAACAGGCCCAGAAGAGGGAGGAGCAACAGAGGGCCAUGGAGCACCAACUUCAGGAACAGGCUCGACUGCUAAGGGAAAGCUUCCAGCAGGAGAUCAGAAGAGUUGAAGAAGAAAGGAUGAAGCUCCAGCAAAGGAAAUCAAAGCGCAAAUGGUAUAAGCUAUAGUUCUAAGAACAGUGCCAUCCUGCCACUCAAACCAGAGGUGUACAGGGUGUAGAUCUGGAACAAGUGUCACUUCAAUUGAUAAUAAUUGGGUCCUGCAUCAGAAAACUAAAAAUCUGCAAAAAUAUGCAGUGUGAUCAUUGAAAUUGUGUUUAUCUUCCUAUAAGAUUGUGCGCCAAGGAUGUCAUUGACAUCUCUACCACAAGAGAGGUAUCAACAACACUGCUCAGAACAAAAUCCCUUUUCCAGAUGAUCUCCAGGAGACAAAUGGACACUGAGCACAUUCUUAAAUGGUGGCACAUAAUUAGAAACCAGGUUGUCCAGGGAUGUGAUGUAUCUAAAGGACAGGGAAAGCCAGCAUUACUCCUUACUGGAGACAAUGUAAAGUAUCCAUUAUAUCAAAACUGCUCAACCUUUCAGCAAUGGUGUGAUUUGUGGACAUUGGUAAUGAACAACCCUAUCAACACACUCCAUUAUGAAUCAAGGCACCUGCAUAGAGAUCUAGAGUCCAUAUAUAUAAUAGCCACAGGAAAACGGAAGAAGCCAUUAGCAUGACAAGGAGCUGGAUCACAAGUCCAUGGGCUAAAGAAGGAAAUGUUCCAGUUUAUGUAGAUGGAAACUGUAACAGGACAUUUCCAAACUCUAAAAGUUGACACUGAUUAUAUAGAAACAUGAUGACAACUAAGCAUAAUGUAUACCUUAAGUACUUAUGUAUAAGGUAUACAUAAGUAUAUGUUAUGUAUACUUCAUGAAUAACAAUAUAUAACUUUAAAAAUGGGCUUUAAAUGAUGAUGGGUAAUCUAUAGAUAUCUGUGGUUGAUAUAUUUUGCACCCCAAUAAACUUAUCUGGGGGUCAGAGAAUAGAACAGCCAUAAUAUUCAACAUAGAAGUUAGGCGGUGGUAGCACACACACCUUUAAUCCUAUCACUUGGGAGGCAGAGAUCCAUCUGGAUCUCUGUGAGUUUAAAGCCACACUGGAAACUGCCAGGCAUAGUGACUCAUACCUUUAAUCCCAGGAAGUGAGCCUUUAAUCCCAGGAAGUGAUGGCAGAAAGCAGAAAGGUAUAUAAGGUGUGAAAACCAGGAACUAGGCCUGGUUAAGCUUUUAAACUUUUAGCAGCAGUUCAGCUGAGAUUCAUUCUGGAUGAGGACUCAGAGACUUCCAGUCUGAGGAAACAGGAUCAGCUGAGGAAUUGGUGAGGUGAGGUGGGUGUGGCUUGUUCUGCUUCUCUGAUUUUCCAGCAUUCACCCCAAUACCCAACUCCAGGUUUGUUUUAUUAAUAAGACCCUUUAGGAUUCAUGCUACAGAUAUCAAAGGAAUUUUAACGAUUUAUCUUUAACUAUAAACUUAUGCUACUCUUUUUCCUAUUACUAGCAGUUGUACUUGAAAUCCUGUUGAUUUUCCCCAAGCAUAAUAAAGGUUGUUUUCCAUAUUUUGACCAGCUUUUAGUAUGAUGGAGUAUAGAUAAACUAUAUUCCAACUACCAAAAGUGUAAGGUAGGUGGUGAACAUCUUUUAAAGGGACUUAGAACUUUUUUUGAGGAGGUAUGGCUCAGUGGAUGAAGUACUCACAGUGCAAACAUGGCAUAAUUCAGAUCACAGCACCCACACAACAAACCAGACAUGGUGGGCACACCUGUAAGCCUGGCACUGAGGUCGGGGCAGGGGUAGACAGGAGGAUCCCUGGGGCUUACUAGAUGGCCAGUCUAGCCAACAGAUGGACUCUGAAUUCUCUGAGAGACCUUGUCUCAAAAAUAAGGUGGGAAGUAAUUAAGAAUAGAGUUAUACUGUUUGUUGAAAGUGAAUGCGACCAGAAAUAAUCACAUUAAGCAAGCUAAAUCAGUCUCAGAAAAACGAAUGUAUGUUUUCUUUAGUACAUAAUUGUGGGAGCCCGUUCUCGGGUUCCUCGUGGCUUUACCCAGCAUGUCCGCGUAGAGGAUGAUUAGGACCACCGGCCUGAGUGCAGGUGUCUGGGAUGGUCUGCACUUGGC